UGUGGGUACUUAGAAGUUCUCCGUCAGCCGGCCAGUGCUUCUUGCGUUCUACAACUUGAAGGCCAAGAACAAGUGCCAGUGGUCAGUGAUCCUGAGUGCUAUUCACGCGACGUUACUCCCGAAAGCCUUCGGUUCAGUGCCUGAAAAGUGCUGUGGUGUUUAAAAUCGUUACUUUGAGUACAUACUAUUACAUGAGUGUGUAAGUGCUGGUUUUGCUGGUGAUGACCUUGCAAGUUAAUCUUCCAUCAUUGGCUGCCGAAGGAGGACAGCAAGUUUACCUCAUUAGGUUGGCUCAUUGAGCAUCACUCGACUGGAGUGAGUGACUUCGUCACAACGUGAACCGAGUCAGAUGCAAGAGAUGGCCCUGCCGCCAACAUGCUAGAGAUUGCCAGGGCCAUGACGGAGAGGACCCCCGAAAUAUGAGGUCCUCAGGGUGCGCUGUGCCGGUGCGCGGCGUCCUCAUACUCCAGUGGCUCCUCGUGUGGCGACUUUCAGAAGCCGACCACCCUAUCGUCACGAUCAGCCGGCAGCACAAGGGAGACAUGUUCACCGCUGACAGAUCGUCUUGCUCUAAGGACGUGUGUGUGAGCAGCAGCAGUGGCACUGCAGGAGUGGCUGACAGGAAGGAUUGCGCAUGCCAGUGCCUGCCGCACCUCCCCGUCUUCAGGGAGGAUCUCCAAAUCUGCAUCGACGACAUCCACGAGUGUUCUUUGGCUCCGUUUGUGACUGGAACAUCAGCGCAGAAAAUCCCGUUUGUAUUCCUGCCAUUGAAAGGUCAGAUCAUAUAUCCCAGUGCAGAAAUACAUUUCUCUGGUGUGGUUACGCCCAUCUGUGUUGUAUCCGGUGCCCAGUUUCUUACCCGAGCUGGCUGGGUUGAUCUCCACAACAACUCAUACACAGAACCGCCAUUGCGUCUCUUCAGGGACGAAGGUCGCACGUUCUUGCAGUGGCUAGGAGAAGUGGAUCUACGUUUCAGCAUGGAGGGCCGUCUCAUGCUUGUCCACUUAAUGUGCAAGGAUGUUGGAAAUGGCAAGGGUGGCCAGGACCAAAGCAUCUUCACUCCUUGUGUGGCCUUCAGGGUGGCAGGAACACCAAGUGUUCGAGAGUGGUCAUUUGGAGCAGAUGUCCAUUCCACAGUUGGUGAUGGUCGGGGACUCAGUGUGACUGAGUACAUUGCCAUUGGAGUAUGUUCCAUCCUGCUGGGACUAAUCUAUGUGGCAUCAGUGUUCCUAUACCUUCACGUAAGGAGACGCCGUAGAGAGAAGCUGCGGGACCACCACAACGGACAGCCUGUUCACCUCUCUGUGCCUGAGGAGGGGGUAGUGAAGAACAACCCAUUGCUCUCAUCAAAGAGGCACCCCCUUGAAACAGGCAGCUACCUUAGUGACUCAGCCAGCUGCUGCUCGGAAACUGAUGCAGUGUCAGACAUUGCUCCAACAUCUGAUGACAGCAACAGGAUGCCUCAAAAUGUUCAGGUGACGGCAGCACUGGUGCAUUCCUGUGGCAUGUCAUUCUCUUUGCAACCUAAUGAACUCUGCUUCUCAGAGUCAAUUCAAACGCAAGAACCAAGUUCCAUCGAACGAUUACCAGAAGAGAAUGUAUCCAUAGUAGAGACACUGGAGGGACGAGAGGAAAGACCAGAGACCGUCCGAGCCAUAACAAAUGGCACAGCUAGAAGAAAACUGUAUUUCAAUCCUGCAUAUUUUGAGCCAGAGCUACUCGUUGCUCCACCACCAGCUGCUCUUGAAUUUCUUACAAAGAUCCGAGAGGUGAUUGCCAUCGCAAAGCAUAAAAUGGUGGCAAAACGGUUCUCUCCCACACUGAUGGGAAUUCCUGAAGAGGAGCAACUGCAGCAGGAAGGCCCACCUGGAUCCUGUUAUGGUGGACGUUCCAGCAGAUGUGAUAGUAUAAGUACUGUCAAUCUUAAGCGGGAAAAUAACCGUCGCCGGGGAUGUUCUGGAUGUCCUGGAUGCACCAUGGGGGCUGCUGAAAACAUGCCAGCACUUGAGGAACAGGCAGCUUCUUGCCAGGCCUGCUGCAGUCCUGAGAGCAAACAGAACAGCAUCAGGAAAUGGCUAGAAGAUGUUCCUGUUGUAAAGAUAUCUGCCCAAACAGUGUCGAAGGACAAUGCUUCAAAUCUCUCAAACCCAACUGACCGUAUAAAAGCUUCUCACAAAGGCAAAGCUCCUAGCAUACCAAAAACUGAUGACGUUCCAAAGAGAAACAAAGCUGUGGAUUCAGCAAUUCUUGCCAUACCAAAUGUCAAACACAGUAAUGGUAAGCUUAUUCCUCCACCUCCACCGCCACCAUCAAAAGUAUUACAACACACAAAGGAUGCAUCAGUAACAUACAAAGAAACCAAAAUGCAGCCAACACUUAUGAAAAGUUUACCUUGUCCUCCCCCACCACCACUUCCAUCCUCAACCAUAAGUGAUAAAAACACCAAUGUUUGCAGUAAGGACAGAAAUAAAGAAGCAGUGGAGCCUGUCAUGACAAAGCAGUUGAUGGAUGCAGUAAUAAAAGAACUAGUGGGUCAGCGUGGCCUUGAGACUAUGAAGUCUUAUGAAAUGGAUGUACAUCUUAGGUCUCUAGCCAACACUCCCGAUGAUCAAAGAAGAUCUUCUGGAGAAGACUAUGAAGCUGACAGCCUGGAGCGAUCAUCAAGAGAGAUGGAUGGAAAAGGUAUCUCUACUCCAACCGAAUAUGGGGAUGUGUCACCACAGCCAAGCCCAACCUUAAGUUCAGCACUACCUCUUGAAGAAGUACUCACAAUGAGGAAUGAGAUCUUCAAUAUCCAGACAGGAAGUAAAACAAUUUCCAAACUGAAACUAGAAAACAAUAAAGUUUCAAAAGAAGCACCAGCUGAUGAUCAUGAAUAUGAAAUUAUUGUGCUGAAUCCUGAUGCAAAUAUAGGCAAUAUGAGCAAAGAUAUUAAGUUGUACAACCUUCCACAACUGCUGAACCAUACUGAUGGAUACAGCCUUGUCAGUGAAGUAUAUGUGAAUGAUGGAUACAAUUUCAGCAGUGCAUCCAAUUCGCCAAACAAUACCACUUCUAGAAGCACUAAUGGCCCUAAGAUCCAAUAUGCUGAACCCAUGGAGAAGCCUGGACAUUUAACCAUCCAGGUGGAAGAUUCCCCAGAAAAUUAUAUUCCUCUCCCUGAUGAUUCUGACAGUUUCGAACCAGAUACUCUCGACAGAAAGACAAAUAAAUACAAAAUAGAUGAACCAACUACCGCAACCUCAUAUUCAAGCAGACAUGCGGAGAACUUCAACGACUCUCUAGAGAGGCCAGUCCAAAUACUUCUUCGUACUACUGGCAGCUUUAGAAGCGAUUCUUUGAGUCAGACUGGAUCAGAUGAUCUGUCUCAGAUCUUGUCUGCAUCUCCAUUGCAUAGAGCAUUUGGCAGUCUCCGUGAGAUAUAUGAAGCACGCACCCAACAUCGUACUGACAUGGACACUGUCAGUCUCAUGGGUUCUACACGAUCUUUGACAAGCGAACGGGACUUCAACCAUACACUGUCCUGGAAACGUGGUCACCACAUACUGCCAAGAGAAGAGAUAAUCCUGAAUCCAGAAGCAAAGCAGGCAAAGCGACAGAGGCCACCAACACCACCAGGAAUGCUAAAUGGUCUUCACAAACCUGAACCUCCUGACAUCAUACCACCACUACCUCCCAAAGCUAUUUCUCUGUAUGAAGACCCACCACCUCCACGUCCUCUGUACAAAAUCGAACUAACUCCACCCUUACCUCCAAGGUCCAUCAAACCACCACUGCCGCCAAAAAACGGGGCUGGCAGAAGCAUCAGCCAGAAGAGAAUGGUAUCUGAUCCUGCUCGUAGGCCCUUACCUCCUCUACCACAGUCUAAAUGUCAUGAAGAGAGCAAUCCCUUCUCCCAGGACAUUUCCACCAUCUCCUCCACAUCUACAACAGCUUCGUGCGAUGUAGAAACAAUUUCAAAUUUGUCUGGUGCUUCUGUGGACAGCCUCAACUCCUCUGACUAUGAAGCAUUCUACAUGACACCCUUCUCAGGAGAUGAGGAACAGGAUGGAAGCCAAACACUUGGACAUCGGGUAGAAAGAAGUUUGAAGAACAAAUUCUCAAACUCUAGAGAUACUGAAGUCAACAGUGAGUUCAUUCUCCAGUCUGCUGAAACUAAGACUGUACAAGGGAGUGCAUCAGCUACAGCCAAAAAUCUCAGAAAGGAAAUGGGAAGUGAUGAUGGUCUGUUAACUAGUCAGCAAAAUGUAGGAAAAGACUUGGUGAAACAUAUGAGAGACAAGCAGAGCUCAGAUUCGGUUAAAAAGACAUGGCGUCGCAUGGUUGAAAAGUCAGUAACCAAAGUGCCUCACAAGCCAGAGGACUCCGGUUAUCUCAGCACUGACUCAAAUGAAUCCAGCAGACACACACAGAUAAGAAAAACUGUGGAGGGACAAAAUUCGAGUCAAGGACAUGGAAGUGUGAGUGAGACUGAUGAAUCUCUGUGUGAUGGUGCCAGUGAAUCCGGUGCAGAGAGCAUUGCAACAGACUCUUUCUUUUUCGGUAGUUUCCGGAAGCUCUCAACGUGUGCUGUGGUUACUGAGUCUGUUGACAGUGGGGUGGGAUCAGACCUGAUAAAAGCGAUAAGCAAAUCAGUGCUACUGGAAGAUGCAGGAGUCAGCAGCAGUGACUCUGAGAAUGUAAGCUUUGUGACUGUUCUGCCCCCAGGUAGUGGUCACCGAAGAUCAGUACGGAGUUAGUAAUUAAAUACCUAGUUACUCAACUUCUUCAAGUAUGGUGUUUAGUUUGAAACAUUUCAAACAAAUGACUAAAGCUUAUGAACAGAAUGUAGAUAAUAUAUUACAAAUUAUGUAUGCUCUUCUAAUAGCUAUGCAGAAAGUAGUGUGAAAAGAAAGACAAUGAAUUUGUUAACUCAGUUUCAAACUUCUCUGUACAUUUUAUUUGUAAUUCCACACUUGUAUAUAUGUACAUAAUAACUUGUAAUAACUUAUAUACAUGUAUACAAAUGUAGUAUUUUGAGGGCCGAAAGUGCAAUCUUGUAUAUAAAGGCAUGCAGCAUCCAUGCCAACUUAAUGUUAAGGAAGACUGUUUUUUAUAUUAAUGUUAAAAAUGUAUGAACUCCUUAUAGUGAAAUGAGCUUUAUUACUUAUGAAAGUAAUAUUAAAUAUAAUAUAAGAGAUUGUAAGUAAUUGUAAAUAAGUCACUGUUGCAACAAAGAUGAUAUUUGUAUUUAUUGCUAGUUUUUUUGUUCAAGUUUUUAGAGUUUAACAUGGUUAAAUCUGCUCCCAUUGGUAAUCACACAGGCUUCUUGCACCUGUUCCUGCUUACCAUGUAUCAGUAUACCGCACAAGUUUCUGUGCAUAUUCGGUUUACAUUAGAAAACACACCAAGUUUUCCUUGUCAUUGGUAUUAUAUGCUGUAUAAGAAAGUUUAAAAAUAAGACUCAACUAAACUAACAGUAAUGUAAAACCCAUAAAACUGUGUUGCAUUAAAAUAUAUCAUUACUCACAUCUGUACUGCAAAUAACAUACCUAUGACAAUAAAUAACACACUUUUAAGAGAACAAUAUGUUUAACAUUUUGAUUGACAUGGCUAUCUAAAGUCACUUACAGAGCAGGUAAGUGAAGCAUGGUUAGAAAACUGAUGUCAGUCCCGUAAGUGUUAGAGGAUACUCUCACUUCCAUUGCUAUCUUACUGCCACUGCAGAGGGCAGAAAUUGUCCAUGGUUGCUUGACAAAAUGAUGAUGCUCAAGACUGAAUGCUGUCACUGAUAAAACCAAGAAGAUGAAGUUGUCACUGUACCUAAUUAAUGAAGUACUAUGCCAUGAAGACAUAUCAGAGAGUGGAGGUACAGAUCCACCAUUUUUAACCUCAGCACUAGAUGAAGUUUAGCAGUCAGUUCCACACAUUGACAGUAUUAUCACUGUAUGAAUAUAUUUUUAUAUAUUUUUCCAUGUUUUUACACACAGCGAAUAAAGUGAGUGGAAUUAUGUGUAUAGUUAUUUACUUAGCAUAUUGAUUUGGUAAUAAAUACAUUUUGA